CUUGCCAGUGGCCUGCAGUUUAGCUGGCAGAGUGGAGAGGAAAUGGCCAACUGGACCGGCAGCCUCAAUUUCACGGAUGGCAGAGCUCUGAAGAGCGACACUGACCCAGGCACCAGGUACUUCGAAUUCUAUGAAGGCCCCUUCGACUACAACUCUACAAAAUGCCUGGGACUGAGGCAGAAUAUACUUGAAGUGAAGGUGCUCUCGAUGGUGAAGCAGACAGAACUGUUCGAGAGGUGGAGGAACCUGCAGAUAUGCAAAUGGGAGAUGAACGUCACCGAAGCCAAGUUCUUCAAGUCUACCCUGUCCCGGUGUUGUAACGCCCCUGCCUUCCUCUUCACCACCCAGAAGAACACUCCGUUGGGGACGAAACUGAAGUAUGAAGUCGAUACCAGCGGGAUCUUUCACAUUAACCAAGAAGUAUUCAGGAUGUUUCCAAAGGAGAUGCCCUACUACCGUUCCCAAUUUAAGAAAUGUGCCGUGGUUGGGAAUGGAGGAAUUCUGAAGAACAGCCGAUGUGGCCAGGAGAUCGAUCGGGCGGAUUUUGUGUUCCGGUGCAAUUUGCCUCCCAUCUCGCAGAAGUACACGGUGGACGUCGGCGUCAAGACUGACAUCGUCACGGUUAAUCCCAGCAUCAUCACGGAAAGAUUUCACAAGCUGGAAAAAUGGCGGAAACCGUUUUACGACGUCCUGCAGGCUUACGAAAAUGCCUCGGUGCUGCUCCCCGCCUUCUACAACACCCGCAACACGGACGUCUCCAUCCGGGUCAAGUACGUCCUGGACGAUUUCGAGUCCCAGCAGGCCGUCUACUACUUCCACCCGCAGUAUCUCAUCAACGUCUCGCGCUAUUGGCUGAGCCAGGGCGUGCGGGCCAAGCGCGUCAGCACGGGCCUGAUCCUGGUGACGGCUGCCCUGGAGCUCUGCGAGGAAGUGCACCUUUUUGGAUUCUGGGCGUUCCCCAUGAACCCUUCAGGGAUCUUCAUCACCCACCAUUACUACGACAACGUCAAACCUCGGCCGGGUUUCCACGCCAUGCCUUCGGAAAUCUUCAACUUCCUCCAUAUGCACAGCAAAGGGAUCCUGCGGGUACACACGGGCACCUGCAGCUGAUGGCAGACGGCGAGCUUCACUUUGUCCGUGCACUGUGUAGAGGAAAAGGAGGAGGAGAAGGCGAAGUACGUGGGAGCUCUGUGUCUGAGAACCAAGUCCUGGCACUGUUUCGGAGGCGGGAGGAGUCACCCCAGAGUGACUUCCCCUCUCUUGAAUGUCUCAUGUUUAAAACGAUCUCGCGAAAGGGUCAUUCGGUGGGUAAGUUUCCCAUGCCA